CGUUGUUUUAACGUGCAUUUGGUUGUUUCGUUGUGCUAAAUAAAUUUGUUUGUAAACUAAAUCCAGUGAAAUACACACACCUUUGAAAAAAAAGUCAGAUUUUUUUUGUUGUUGUACCUUUUGUUUUCCGUGUAGCAAAGCAUCGUUAGCUGGGCAGUUAGCUUUUUAAGGCGUUAGCUAGCUAACAGAUUCGCUGAAUGCACAGAACAUGCUCAAUAACAAUCUGAACGCGUAUCAGUCUCACGUGCAUUUCACGUGCAUUUCACAGAGGGACCUCCAGAUCAACGUACUGGCGAUGAUCCGUGUGAAGUUUAGCAUUUGCGCUGAAAUGAGAAUCUCGCAGAUCCUAAGUGGUUGUUGGAGACUAUUAGUAAAGGAGCUUCAUUUGCUAGUUCUGAGAGUUCCAGCUUUCGACACUGCCCCUUGUUGACCUUUAAUAUAUCUGCAGUAUGAGUGACCCAAAGGGCAGAGAUGACACGCCCAACAGUCUGUCCAAUCGAGAUGCCAUUGACCUGCCUGAUGAUGCUUCUUUGAGUGACUCAGAUCCUGAUGAGUCCUCACAUCCCCUGAGCAGAAAGGUUGAGGAAUUGUCUUCUUCGUCUGAUGAGGAAAACGUUCAGCAGCGCAGCGAUGCUCCUCAAGGAACUCCCAUGUUCAAGUUGACUGGUGGGAGUUUUGGCUUCUCAUACCGCAGCAGAAGCAUCUUUGAUCAGCUGGAUAGUGCCGUGAAGCUUACUUCAAGUCAGCUGGCUGAAGACAACAUCAUCGAUGGUACAUUUGCCCGACCUGCUCCGCCAUCACCUCCUUUGAAACGUAAAGAACCAGAGGGAACCAAGAAAACUUCAUCAACCAAGAUGGUACCAGACUACCUGCUUAACCCUGAGCGGUGGACCCGCUAUGACCUGGAUGAUGUUCCUGAGACAAGUGACAGAAAAAACAGCCAAGUGGCCCAUGAGUUCAUACAGGGACUCCAUAACCGUAGGAGAUCCCAAGAAGCUGCUGCAAAUUCUUUUAGCCCAGCUUUCAACCAGGGCCACAGCAGCAGCUCAGGGCACAAGAUUAUCUUCUCCAAGCCCAGUCAGUCCUCCAAAGAUGAAGGCCAGAAUCCACACAAGGUGGACCGAGCAAAGACAAAAGAGGUUGGUUUAGUUCAUUUGGAUGACAAACAGGAAGAAGAAGAAGAAAAAGGGGGAAAGAUGUCCCCUAUUCACCAUAACCUUUCACUGGAUGGGAAGGAAAAGAAAAGAAAGUGGAUGGAUGAAGGUGACAAUGACGAAAGAAAAGGGACUAAUGUUACUUUCAGUAGUGGGAGGAAAUUGAACCGCAAGAACUUCCGCAGGGCAAGUGAGGAAGAGGACUAAAAGCUUUCGAUUGCAUGUGUAGGCCCAAACCCUUAUCUCCUCUGAGAAUAUAUUCAGUUCUUACCCUGUGAGAGCUGUAUAAUCAGCUCUUACCCUUACUGUCUGUGAUUGAUCAAGCACUUAUAAUUUUGUCAAUUUUUAAUGUGUUGGUUGUAAAAGCAACAAUCAGCACCAGAGAUGAUAUAAUAUCACUACUACUUUUUUUUUUUUUUUUUUUUAAGUAAUAAAUAUAACAAUAUAGACUCUCUGUUCCAUUGUUUGUAACUUUGUUGGGUGUAAAACAGUAUUGUAAAGAAUUGAUUACAAAAAAAAUCUUUGAUCAUCUAUAUACAGUUUGAAUGAGUAAAAGUAGUUUUCAUGUUUUGUAGUUGUUUCUGAAAUCAUAUUAAACAGUUUUCUCUUGA